CCCAAUACAAGCCAAACUCCACAAACACUUCUCCGAAGACAACACUGACCUGCCAAUCAUUGCAGAUAUGAAGCAGCGCUUCAGACAAGAUUUUUUUGAUCGUUUCUUGGAUCUCCAAGAACUCCUCUACAAUGCAUCGGGCCUUGAUCCCAGAUUCAAAGACCUGGCUUUCCUUGAUGUGGACUCCAGAGACCUCAUCUUCAUGAAAAUAACAUCUGAGGUGGUGAAGAUGAACGAGCAGGCAGGAGACAGUGCUGCACUGUAUGAAGGAGAGGCAGAUGAGGGAGGCAGCGACGGAAGCCCCAGCAGGGAACGGAGAGAUGAUGAUGCCUCGCCCUCUCCUAAAAAGAAGACUGCCAUGGACCAGCUGUUUGGAGAGUUCAUCACCACAAGAACGCCAUUGAAGACCAUGAGGGAGAAAGCUAAGGAUGAAAUUUUAAAAUACAGAGAGAGAGAUUCUUUAGAACUAGGCGGUGAUGUGUUGCAGUGGUGGAAAGGGCAGGUGGACCUGCCACUCCUUUCAGCUUUAGCUAAGGAUUACUUGUCCAUUCCAGCAACUAGUGUGAGCUCUGAGCGUGUCUUUAGCAGUGCAGGGAAUAUUGUCACUGCCCAACGUAGUCUCCUGCACCCUGACCAUGUUGAUCAAUUGAUCUUUCUUAAAAAGAAUUUGAAAAAGACCCAUCUGGGUUAAAUGUUGGGAUUCACUUGUCUUAAUUUACAUAUGGGGAACUGUUACUCCCUUGUUAUGAUCAUUUGUUCAGAAUGAUUAAUCAUUUUACAGAGGCACAGAGGUAAUGAGUAUACCACUUUUGAAACGUAACAUUUUGAACUAUAUUUCAAUAAGUAGACAUGUUAUUUUCAAAAUGUGCACUGAGUAAAUGGAAAAUGACAUUUCAGUUAGAUUAUUAACCUUAGUUUGCUCUUCAGAUAUUGUAUGCACAUUUUGGACAUACCAUUUUUACCUAUGCACAUUUUGGAAAUUACUUGUGUGCCUAUUAGAAUAUUGUUCAAAAUGUUGCUUUUCAAAUGGGGUGUACUUGUCAAUGGUGUGCAUUGUAUAUUUGGGGGAAAAUGCGAUGUGUCCCUGUGUUAAGUUUUUCUUUUAGUUUUUAUAAUAGAUGGAAUAUCCUGGCCUGCACCUUUUGUAUAAGGGCAUUUUAUUUGUUUUACCUCAUGUAUAAACUUCAAGCACUUUUUUAAAGGCUUAACUGGAAAAUGUGCCUUUGUGCCUUUGCU